AUGCUCUUCUGGUUCCUCUCCCUCGCGGCGACUGUACUUGCUGUAGCACCGUCUACCGCUGGCGCCCCAACGGCAACCACGCUGAAUGGGACAUACGUCGGCCGCUAUGUUCCCGAAUAUGACCAAGACUUCUUCCUUGGCGUGCCCUUUGCUCAGCCGCCUGUCGGUCCUCUGCGAUUUGCUAACCCUCAGUCACUGAACACGUCCUUCAGCGGGACUCGCGAGGCGACGGAAUAUAGCGUGGAGUGCGUAGGAUACGGCAGUGACCAAUGGGCCUUCAACGUAAGCGAAGACUGCCUCUACCUGAACGUUGUGCGCCCUGCGAACUAUGCGGAUUAUGAUGAACCGCUCCCAGUUGGCGUUUGGAUUUACGGCGGCAGCUUCGUCGAGGGCGGCUCACCCGAUCAGCGCUACAACCUCUCGUUCAUCGUGCAGAACAGCGUCGAUAUAGGGAAGCCAUUUGUCGGUGUUUCGUUCAACUAUCGACUGUCGGCCUGGGGCUUCAUGGCAUCUGGCCAAUUAGCCGGCGAGGGCAGCACGAACAUGGGUCUCAGAGACCAGCGUCUCGCUCUGCAUUGGAUCCAGGAGAACAUAGGUGCCUUCGGUGGCGAUCCGUCGAAAGUCACAAUAUGGGGCGAAAGUGCGGGCGGUAUGUCAGUCGGGUUCCACCUCGUCGCCUACAACGGACGGGACGACGGGCUUUUCCGCGCGGGGAUCAUGGAGUCUGGCAACUCCAUCCAAUGGAACGGGAUGUACACCGCGGAUUACUUCGACGGCGAGUACCAGGCAAUCAUCGAAAACGUCGGGUGCACAUCCGCUGCGGACGUGCUCGCGUGCCUCCGCGCGACGCCGUUCGACACGCUCAACGCCGCGGUGAACACGACGAACGCGGGCGUGUGGUUCCCGGUGAUCGAUGGGGACUUCAUCACGAAGCUGGCGAGCUACCAGCUCGAGGCGGGCGAGUACGUGCAUGUGCCGAUCAUCUGUGGGACGAAUACGGACGAGGGGACGUCAUUUGGCCCGAUGGGCAUCAACACGACCGCGCAGUUUCUGCAGGUGCUCGAAGAGGGUGGGAUUCAUCCAUAUACACCCCUUGCCCCGGCUCUCGCACAGCAGAUCAUCAACGUAUAUCCUGACGAUCCAUGCGUCGGUAUUCCGGAAGGCCUUGGGUGUACACGCCUCAAUAAUAGUUUCGGCCUCGAGUGGCGGCGCACCUCUGCAUACGCAGGCGACGCGACCUUCAUUGCCGGGCGGCGGUACCAAUGCCAAAUCUUCGCCGCCGGCGGAAACGCCACGUACUGCUACCGCUUCAACACGCUCCCGAACGGCGUCUCGAUCGACUACGGCGUGACGCACUUCCAGGAGGUCGCCUUCGUCUUCGACAACACGGGCGGGUACGGGUACACCGUCUCGCCCGACCCCUUUGCGGGCGUGCCCGAGAGCUACUUCGCGCUCGCGAAGCUGAUGAGCAGGUCGUGGGCGAGCUUCAUACACGAUCUGGACCCGAACAGCUGGAGGGAAAGCGGCCCGUAUGCAGAGGCGGGGACGCCGCUGUGGCCGGCGUAUGAUGUGGACAAUCCGCUGGAUAUCGUGUGGGACGCGAAUGUGACGGGCCUUGCGUGGGUCGAGUCUGACACGUUCCGAGCCGAGGGGAUCGACACCAUUAUAUCGUUCAACCGUGCUUUCAGACGGUAA